CCCGUGUGGGGAAAAAACGCUGCUAUUCUUGCAUUCACUUCCUGAGCGAAUACACGCAACGUUACCGCACAGCAGCCGCCGAACUAACAGUUAGUAACAGCUAGCGUUAGCGUAAAAAUGGGGAAUCGCGUAACGUUAGCUCGCGAGGAUUUUGAGUGGGUUUAUACGGACCAGCCUCACGCCGACCGGAGGAAAGAGAUUUUGGCUAAAUACCCAGAGAUCAAGUCUCUGAUGGGACCCGACCCCAGGCUGAAAUGGAUCGUCUGUACGAUGGUUGCCGUCCAGUUUUUGGCCUUCUAUUUGGUGAAGGACCUGCCGUGGAAAUGGGUCAUGUUCUGGACGUAUGUGUUCGGGAGUUGCAUAAACCAUUCAAUGACACUAGCGAUUCACGAGAUCUCUCACAACACGGCUUUCGGCAACAACCGCGCCAAAUGGAACCGCUGGUUUGCCAUUUUUGCCAAUCUGCCCAUUGGGCUUCCUUACUCUGCGUCCUUUAAGCGCUACCACCUGGACCACCAUCGGUACUUGGGUGGAGAUGGCGUGGAUGUCGACAUCCCCACUGAUUUCGAGGGCUGGUUCUUUUGCACCCGUUUGCGCAAGCUCUUCUGGAUCAUGUUCCAGCCGCUGUUCUACGCCAUCCGUCCCCUCUGCAUCAACCCCAAACCCAUCAGUCAACUAGAGCUCAUCAACGUGGCCAUACAGCUCUCGUUUAAUGCUCUGCUUUACUGGACCUGUGGUGCCAAGCCCUUGGUCUACAUGAUGAUGGGCUCAAUGUUAGGAAUGGGUCUCCAUCCCAUCUCGGGACACUUCAUCGCAGAACAUUACAUGUUCCUCAAAGGCCAUGAGACCUACUCUUACUAUGGAUCCCUCAACCUGCUGACUUUCAACGUCGGGUACCACAACGAGCACCAUGACUUCCCUAGCGUUCCAGGAUGCCGACUACCAAUGGUGAAGAAAAUCGCAGCGGAGUACUACAGAGACCUGCCGUGCUACACGUCAUGGGUGAAGGUCCUUUAUGACUUUAUCAUGGACGAUGAACUGAGUCCAUACUCCCGCGUGAAGAGACGACUGACGGGAGAUGUCAAACAGGAGUGACCGCGACGGGACGACAUCUGCCGCUGACCGUUUUAACCUUCGCCUGCUAGAGAGCGAAGCAGCGAUUUUUAGCCGUCAUUUCAGCCUCUGUGACACAAAGGAAGAGGCCAUGUUACUUUCUGGUUUUUAGCAAGCGUGCUGUCGAAUUUUAAUUGUGAACCAAAACAUUUGAGCUCCUCUGUUGCACAUGGUCUGAACAUUCAGACGCUUCUAGUUUUAAGGAAUUGUUUUGUUCUGCAUUUACUCCUGCGUGGAAGUAGGGAUGCACAAUACCAUCAGAACGUUAUCGGAAUCUGCCGAUAAAGGCUUUAAAUGUAAACGUCGGCAUCGGCCGAUAAUGUCCAGAUAAUCUGACUCAUGUUUCAGGUUUUGGAGAGGUUCAGUGCAGUGGGUCUUUAAGUACUCCCAAGUGAUUAAUGCUACUCAUCUCAUUAAUAGACGCCAAAAUCUGGUGGUUUGGUGAAGAGGCCUGUGUGUUUAAGCCUCUGUUAUACUUCUUUAUUUCAUCAAUUAACCAAGUGAAUUGACACACCUUGGCUAACAGUGAAUGAAGUUUUGAGCUGUCAACAUUUAUACGUUUUGUAUCACGCGAACUGAAAAGCCUUAAUAAAUUUGAGCUGGUGUCUAAUGAUUGUUACU